AUGACUCAUCAGGCCACCUUGGGAAAGAAUUUUGAGCAAAAGAACAGAUCAGAGUUCAGUCCUCAGAACUGUUAUUUGAAGCUGGGACUGUUGACAUUCCGGGAUGUGACCAUAGAAUUUUCUCCAGAAGAGUGGGCAUGCCUGGGCACUGUUCAGCGGAAUUUGUAUAGAGAUGUGAUGUUAGAGAACUACAGAAACCUGGUCUCCCUCGGUCUUGCUGUCUUUAAACCACACCUGAUCACCUGUCUGGAGCAAAGGAAAGGGCUCUGGAAUGUGAAGAGGCAUGGAACUGUAGCAGAACACCCAGAUAUGCCCUCUCAUUCCAUCCAGGACCAUUUGCCAGAACAAGGGAAAAAUGUUUCAUUUGAAAAUGUGGUACUAAGAAGGUAUGAAAAGUGUGGCCUUGAGAAUGUAAACUUAAUGAAAUACUGGGAAAUUGUGAGUGAGUGUAAGGACCAGAAAGGAUGUAAUGAUGGACUUCACCAACAUUCAACAACUACCCAUGCUAAAAUCUUCCAGCGUAAUAAGUGUUUGAAAGUCUGUAAAAAAUUCUCAAAUAUAAAUAGACAUAAGAUAAGACAUAUUAGAAUUCAUACUGAAGAGAAACCCUACAAAUGUGAAGACUGUGGCAAAACCUAUGCCUGGUACUCAAACCUUAAUAUACAUAAACGAAUUCAUACUGGAGAGAAACCUUACAAAUGUGAAGAAUGUGGUAAAGCCUUUGCCCAGUACAGAAGCCUUUAUAUACAUAAGAGAAUUCAUACUAAAGAAAAACCCUACAAAUGUGAAGAAUGUGGCAAAGCCUUUACCCGGUGCUCAUACCUUACUGAACAUAAGAGAAUUCAUACUGGAGAGAAACCCUACAAAUGUGAAGGAUGUGGCAAAGCGUUUGCCCAGUACUCGAACCUUUAUAUACAUAAGAGAAUUCAUACUGGAGAAAAACCCUACAAAUGUGAAGAAUGUGGCAAGGCUUUUACCUAUUGCUCGUACUUUACUGCACAUAAGAGAAUUCAUACUGGAGAAAAACCCUACAAAUGUGAAGAAUGUGGCAAAGCCUUUACCCAGUGCUCACACCUCACAACACAUAAGAGAAUGCAUACUGAAGAGAAACCCUAUAACUGUGAAGAAUGUGGCAAAGCCUUUACCCGGUGCUCACACCUCACUGAACAUAAGAGAAUUCAUACUGGAGAAAAGCCCUACAAAUGUGAAGAAUGUGGCAAAGCCUUUACCCAGUGCUCCUACCUUACUACACAUAAGAGAAUUCAUACUGGAGAAAAACCCUACAAAUGUGGAGAAUGUGGUAAAGCCUUUACCCAGUGCUCACACCUCACUGGACAUAAGAGAAUGCAUAGUGAAGAGAAACCCUACAACUGUGAAGAAUGUGGCAAAGCCUUUACCCGGUGCUCAUACCUUAGCAAACAUAAGAGAAUUCAUACUGGAGAGAAACCCUACAAAUGUGAAGACUGUGGCAAAACCUAUGCCUGGUACUCAAACCUUAAUAUGCAUAAACGAAUUCAUACUGGAGAAAAACCCUACAAAUGUGAAGAAUGUGGCAAAGCCUUUAUCCAGUAUUCAGGCCUUACUAAUCAUAAGAGAAUUCAUACUGGAGAAAAACCCUACAAAUGUGAAGAGUGUGGGAAAGCCUUUGCCCAGUGCUCACACCUUAAUAUACAUAAACGAAUUCAUACUGGAGAAAAACCCUACAAAUGUGAAGAAUGUGGCAAAGCCUUUGCCCAAUGCUCAUACCUUAGUUCCCAUAAGAGAGUUCAUAUAAGAGAAAACCUACAAAUGUGA